AUGCCUUCGCUAGCAGAUGAUGACGAUGAUCGCGAAAUUAUAGGGUCUCAAGAUGGGAGCUCCGAUAACGAAGAUGAACAAAUGAGAGAUGUCGAUGACAACGAAGGCGAAGGCGAGAAUGACAAUGACAACGACAACGACAAUGACGCCGAUCAAGAUGACCAAGAACAGGACGCCGAUAGUCCUUCAAACAAUAGCCAGACGUCCGAUGGCCCCGGAAACGACGCGCAACAGGACGAUCAAAAUGUACCGAUGGACUCUCUCGAUGCCUACCGUCCCACUGUUCGGCCGGAGUGUCUGACAGCGACAACGUAUGAUAUUGUCCCAACGACCGCCGCGCCGCAAAGUACAUCCAUCAAUGCCGUGACCUCGACAGGAGAUAUGCGCUGGGUUUUCAGUGGGGGCAGUGAUGGAUAUAUACGGAAAUAUAACUGGGUGGACUCGAUCAAUGGAAAAUUAAUGCUGACCGUGGCUCAACGACAUCCCUUUGUCGACAGCGUGGUCAAGGCCGGUGUUUUGAUGAACUACUGGGAGAAUAUGGAUGGCAAUGUCUUGUCUCCUGUUUACUCGCUUGCAGCUCAGAAUGAAGGAUUGUGGUUGUUAUCCGGACUAGAAUCAGGGAAUAUUCGUCUUCAGACAGUCCGUCAUGAGGAAGGGAGAGAAAUCGCCCUUCUCAAAAGUCAUACAUCUGCUGUCUCGGUGCUUAAUCUCGCUCCAGAUGAGCGCAGUCUCUUGUCUGGAAGCUGGGACAAGCGGGUUUUAGACUGGGACUUGAACACCGGUCAGGUCAAGACCGCGUUCGGAAUUAGUUCCGGGCAGAUUUCGGCGAUAGAAAUUAGACCUGACUCUGCGCUACCUGUUCCCCAGGAUACUCAGGAGGCACAAUAUGAGAAAUCUUUCUCGUCGAACAACCAUUUACCUCCUUCUGCUUUGGUCAAUGGCACAGCAAGCCAUGGUGAUGCCGGUCAAAAUGAUGAUGCUCCAGCAGCAUCCCCGGCAGACUCUCUCUUCGGCGGCGCAGAUUCUCUUUUUGGUGAUGGCGAUAAUAACAUGGUAGAUGGUGGAGAAGAGUCGGGCGACGCCGGCAACGUGGGCGAGAAUGCAUUGUUUGGAGGUUCGCUUGACAUGGACAUUCGACCUUCCGAGGAAGUGAAGCAAGAAUCAGAGAAUAUCAGUCAGCCCAACGGCACAGACAAUUGGGCACCACCGGCUGCAGAAUCGAAUGGCGUCCAGAAAGCCGCCUCCCCAAAAUUGGAGGAAGCGCAGAGUAAUGGGCAGAUGGAACAAAGGACCGAACCUGCAGUCAAUGGCUUACCACACGCGGAAUCACUGGAAGAUAUAGCCAACACUAAAGAAUCACAAACGUCAGAAGGCACCGCUCGAAUAACUUCCGACACAACAUUCCUGGCUUCUUCUUUUGAUGGCACGAUACGAAUAUGGGACAGACGGCAACCCGAUCCUGUUGCGCGAAUUACACCUAGAAACGUGCCGCCAUGGUGUAUGAAUGCAUGUUGGUCUUCGGACGGGAAUUACAUAUAUGCAGGCCGGCGAAACGGCACAGUCGAAGAGUACAGUCUACACAAGGGGCUAAGAGAGCCAGAGCGUGUCUUUAAAUUGCCGCAAGUAGGUGGUGCAGUGACUGCGCUGAAGGCGAUGCCAAACGGGCGACAUCUGCUCUGUGCUUCGCACGAUAUUCUUCGACUAUACGACCUGAAAGGUCAGCCUCACAAACACUCCCCCGUUCCAUUCCUGGUUAUUCCAGGUCACCGAACAGGUGUAAUAUCACAGUUGUACAUUGAUUCAGCUUGUCGAUAUUUGAUCUCUGCAAGUGGUAACCGCGGUUGGGAGGGCAAUACCACUGAAGUGCUACUAGGCUAUGAGAUCAAUGCGUAA